AUGACGGCAGAAGGUACUGAGCAUGAGGACAUUCAAACACCGCAUGUCUGCCUGGAAGACAUAAGAAGAAACGUCACCACACCCAACACCACCGUGCAGAAGUCUCGGGUGAAGCUGUACGUGGGCGGGUUGAGGCCAAACCACACCGAGGGGCAGUUGCGACGUCACUUUGCCCAAUACGGUACCGUCACCGACUUCCACAUCGUGAGGGACCCCAAAACUGACGAGUCAAAGUGCUUCGGCUUCGUGACCUUCCAGGAGGAGACACACGCCACUCGCGCACUAGUCGACUGCCCUCACUUUAUCGAGGGUGGUCCCGUGUAUGUGAAAGCCUCCAUUAUAAAAACAAAGGCGGAGAAGGAGAAGAUGGCCGUCUCCUCAGCUGCCAUUGAUAUGAACGAGAAGUUGGAGGGCACAGACGAAGGCAGUGGCAUUGGUGGUGGGCAAGAAGUGGAUAAGCUGCGCCUAUUCGUUGGCAGUCUAAGCCCUUCAACUACGCAACAGGCAUUGAAGGAGCAUUUCUCCCACUACGGCAACGUCACACGUGUGGACGUGAUUUUGGAACGAGAAAGUGGAAAGCCACGAGGCAUUGCAUUCAAUUUGCAAGAAGCGAUGGCUAUGCAAAAGUCAUUGGAAGAGCUCCUCGUCAAAGUUGCACCGUUGGGAAAGAUGGUGAAGAACCUACCGCCUCACCCCAUAACGCAAUUGCAGAUAUCCGACAAAUUCGACAAAAAGAUUAAAUCUACAAGUGGAGGAUUAGCUGGUAAAUGCUUUGGACUACCUUCAAAAGUGAUGUAUCCUGAUUCCACAUCUAUAUGCAUCCCACCUAUCUUCCUCCACUUAUUUUAUGCUAAGCCAACGUCUUUCCAAACCCAACGUGGAGGCACCGAUCUGACUGGCCGGAAAAGGCAUCAUGCAAAGCAGGCUAAAGAAGGUGGUACCGUUUUCCGGACUGCGAUCAAAACUGGAACACGACCCACUGCUCAAAUUUCAAGUACAAAUGUACGAUCAUACAAAUACAAGUAUACAAAUACAUGCAAUCUUGCCACGGAAGCUGCCAGAGAUGUGCUAGCUACCAGGUGCAUCUGCAGCACUGGUCCAUCCAAGGCACUAAUAAUCUCAUCAUUCAUCUUCUUUGGUGUUCUUUUUCACACGGACCAUCAGGCUGCACCGCAGAGCGAAAAGGAAGGAGGGCAUUCCAUGAUUCGUCUUCCCGAAUAG